AUGGCCACAACAGAGCAGACCCCUGAAGAGCCUCUCCUCAGAGUCCAAAAGAGGGAAGAUCUUCAAGAGAUGCUGAGAAAAGUAGGACUGGAUGUUGAGUACUGGUUGUCCAAAUUUCAGGAAGACCUGGGUGUGACCUGUGCCCAAGCUUUACAACACUUAACAGAAAAAGACCUCCAGAAGCUAAAAUCCCAGGUACAUCAUCCAUGGGAAAAAAAGGCCCUGAAGAAGCUGCUUGACCUGUCCCACUCAAAUAGUCUUGCAGAGUUACAGGAGUCACCAGUGGAGAGGAAAAAGGAGAAGCAGAGAGAACAAGCAGUGAAAGAGCUGAGGAACAUGCUGUCAGAAGGGAGACAGAGACAGGAAGAGGCAGUGGCAAGAAAAGAAGCAGAGCUGAGGCAAGCCAUGGAGAUCCCUGAAGAGAACAGGCCAGUGCCUGAAAAGUCCCUAAGUGAAGUCAUGGAAAUCAUGCAGACACAACUGAGUCCCAAGGAGCAGACACUGUCUCACAGACAAAAUCUUUCAGAUAGAGACUUGGUGAGAUGGACAUCUGGAGGGCUGGCCCUGCAAGGGAUUUACAAAUCAUGCCACCAAAUGCACCUGAUACAGAAGAGAGAGGAGCUACUCAGUGUGCCCAAUGAAUUCAAGAUCUAUGGCCCUGAACAGGGCACACGGAUGGAAUCAGAAGAAUUUACAUCUUCUCAAGCAGAAUUCACAUUUACCCAGGCUAUAGAGAAACUGGGCUUCAGUUUAACUGCCUCAGCCAAGGUUGGAGGUUGGGGAUUUUGUUUAGAACCUGAACUGAAUAAAAACAAACAUUCAGAAUCCAAGGAAACUCAACGAGCAAAUUCUGAGUGCUCUUAUUUCUGCUCAACCAAGUUCAGCUACAUACCUAUGGCAUCCUGCCACUUCCCCAUUGAUCAGCUCCAGUUGUCCAAGGCUGCUCUUCAGGAAUUAAAAUGCCUCGAAAACAUCCUAGAUCUAAUUACACACCCACAGGGAUUCCAGUUGCUGAAACACUGGACUGAAAAUUUUUUCCACAGGUUUGGCUCUCAUGCUAACCAAGGCCCUGUGCACCUGGGAGGAAUAUAUUGGUGGAAGGCCAUUUCAAAUGGUUUCCAAAGUAGCCAGUUGACUGAGAUGAAGCAGCAGGCAAUACAGGCCCUGGAUAUUUACAUAAGUGGCAGCUACAGUGGCAUUGGUGUGAAUGUUGCUGCAGGUACGAAUUGGUCAGACUCACAAUCAAAAGCAGAUUCUAAGAAAAAAACUUUCAGAAACCUCGAAACCAAAUUCCAAUUAUCUAUGUCUAAGACAGGUGGCCCACAAGAAGCAGAUGACCUUGCCCAGUGGAAAGCUGGCCUUGUUGCCAACAAUCAAACCUGGCGUGUCAUUGAUCGUGGACUUCAAUUGGUGCCCAUUUGGGACAUCAUCCUCUCCAGCCACAGAAGAGAUUUUAAGGAUCCUCUUAAAGUGGCUAACUGCCUGAAAGACAACUACACUGCUCUGACUGGCCUCACUGAACAGAUCCAGGAAGGAGAGGAGUUACUGAGUACUAUUCAGGAGGCCAGAGAUUUUCUAGAUAAAGUGAGGUCCUGGGAGGUGUCUGAUCCUGAAGAGCAACUUCAAAAACUGAUAGAAUUCAUGCAAACACUGAGUCAAAAACUAAAAAGUCAUGAAAUUUGGAUUAAUAUAUGCCUCGUAGAUAGGGAUCUGCAGACAUUUCUAUUCAAUACUGUCAACUUUUGCAAACUUUCUUCCACUCAUAAAGCCAAAUGUAUUAAAUCUAAAUUGAGUAUCCUUCUAGAUCCUCACAUCUACAAAGUGGAAAACUUUCUUCAGGCUUACUCCAUCAUGAGGUGGAUCAACCAGUCAGAGUCGGAGCAAGAGCAAUACAAAAUCUCCCAAUUUUCUGAUUUCAUUAAAAUCAUAAACAAAAUUCUGAAUGAAUUCUUGGACAUAAAGGACAAAUCUAAGUCCCCAGAAGCAGUAAAAGAAGCUCAAGAAAAGGCGAAUUAUGAGGUCAGCUUAGUAUUCUACAGCUUUUUCAAUCAUCUUAAUGCAACAAAGCAGAAAGACACACAGCACUUGCUACUUUCCAUUGCAGCUGGGGCAGGAUAUCAGAGAGUAAACCAAACUUUUCAGCAUCUUCUGGGGCAUGAGGAGUUAAACUUGCUACUGGAUGAAAUGCAAACUGCCUACAAUGAAUAUCAGAAGCUGAAGAGUAUUUCCAUUCAGAGGGCCCAUGCAUUUCUGGUGCUCACAGUUUUGACAACAACAACUGGAGUCACAACUAUUUCCCCAGAAGAGAAGACACAAUGCAUGGAAUUUAUGAGAAAACAUAUGGGACAAUUAUUGCAUAAAGGAGUUGAAUAUCACCUCAAGCAAUAUGAGAAAGAUUUUAAUUGGGAACACCUAGAAAGACAGUUGAGGUUACAGAUUGAUAGGGAAAAUGAAGUCCCCAUCUCUUCUUUGCAAAAGGACAAGGCAAGAAAACUAUUGCAAACUCUUUCCCAUGGAGGUAAACACUUCCUUGAAUCACAUGAUAAUGAAAAUAACAGAUGGGAGGUUAUGCAAAAUGGAGCCUUAAGAGACUUAAUCCAGCAUCUGGGACUAGAUCAUUACUAUCCAAAAAAGAUGAGUACUGCUAACUUCCAUCAGAUCUACAAGACUUCUGUGUGCAAUACUCAGCCCAAAUCUGAACAGGAACUUCCCUUCUAUUUCCUUCAGAAGCUACUGAUGCUGGAUUAUGGACUGAGAUACCUAGUCUUCAAAGGUGAUGGAAACAUAGAACAUCAGGUUUCCCCGAGUGCCUCCAACCAGGAAAAUGAGGAUUUUGAUCCAUAUGAAGACUUUCUUGAAGAUAGUGAGAAUCUUACUAAGCUUGUGACCACUGAGUCCAAGACCCACAUUCACCCCAUGGAUAUCCAGAUGACCAUUUUUCACUGUGCAGAUGAUUUUGCCAGACAAUACAUUUUGACCAAACUUUCCAUCUGUCAGUUUGCCCUGCCCCUCCUGGUUCCAAAUCCCUGCACUUCUCAAAUUGAAUUCUCUCUCUGGUCUCUCAGACAAAUUAGGAGAAGUUGGCAGCAAGCAAGGAAAUCACCACAAGGGAAGAACAGUCACAAGAGUCAGCAGAUGUGUCGUGUCUCCACUCCCAUUGUGUCCUUCAUUAGGGUUGGCAAUGGCCUGUCUGCUUCCAAAUCUCAGAUCAUGAACUGUCUUCUCAGUAAACAUAAACAUGAUGUGUUUUUCCACCGACACUGCAGAGAAAGCAGCAAGAACUGCCUCUUGAUGCGGGGUGUGGUGGAAAUCUGCUGGUUCUGCCCUGGAGGGGAAGUGGAGGACAGGUUUGACAACUGUGUGACCUUCAUGAACCUUCAUGGAGAUGCAAAGGAACACAAAAGGCAGCUCACCUUCCUGCAGGAGGUCUCUUCUCUCAUUGUGGUCCUCAUGUCAGCUUCUGAUGACAACAAACAAAACCAAAAAMUUGUCCGUGACCUAUGUCAGUCAUCAAGAUCAUUGAUCUGUUUGCUAGAUGACAAAGAAAUCUACCGCUAUUCAGAAACUCACACCACACUCUACUUCUUGCAAUGGAUGAGUGUGUUUUUAGAUAGGUUGACUGCAGAGCAUUUGGAGAACCUACAUGAAAAGCUAAUUCAUUUGUGGUCAAUUGUGAAAACAGAAAAGCAAAGCUCCCAAAGCAGCAAYUCUUUGGAACUCUGCCAAAAGAAGAUUAGUGACUAUACCUUAGGAAUUGAGCAAUUUCUCAGAGAGGUUGGCCAGAUCUAUGAAGCUCUGGAAGAAACUUCCUCCACAAAUGAUAUAGUUUUUCUCUUCCUUCCCCAAAUUGUUGCAGACCUGAUGAUAGCUGGUGUCCCCAUAGAGCUGAUAGAUGGAGAUGCUUCCUAUGUGCCCUUAAAAUGGAUGGCAGCUGUUUUUGACAAGCUCUCUGAGAAACUUGGAGACAAACGGCUCUUUGUCCUCUCUGUCCUUGGCCUACAGAGCUCUGGGAAGUCCACCCUACUGAAUGCUCUUUUUGGGCUGCAGUUCASUGUAAGUGCAGGCAGGUGUACCAAGGGGGCCUACAUGCAGCUCCUAAAGGUAGAAGAGACAUCCACAGAGGAACUUGGCUUUGACUUUUUGCUGGUUGUAGACACAGAAGGACUUCGGGCCCCAGAACUCAGCAACAAAUCCCAGAACUGGGACAACGAGUUAGCCACCUUUGUCAUUGGGCUUGCAAACUUGACUCUGAUCAAUAUAUUUGGGGAGAAUCCAUCAGAAAUACAAGAAAUCCUACAGAUAGUAAUCCCAGCCUUUCUGAGGAUGAAACAAGUGAAAAUUUCCCCCAGGUUCAUAUUCGUCCAUCAGAAUGUAGAAGUUACAGCUAAAGACCAAACUACAGAAGGACGAAGGCGGUUAGAGCAGAGGCUAGAUGAAAUGGCCGCACUGGCUGCUAAACAAGAGUGCUCAGAUGUCACUCACUUCAGUGAUGUCAUCAAGUUUGAUGUCAAUACUCACGUGUACUACUUUGCUCACCUUUGGGAUGGCAAUCCCCCCAUGGCCCCUCCCAAUCCUCGUUAUAGCCAYAAUGUCCAGGAACUGAAAAGUACAAUUCUUUUAACUGCCAAACAGGAAUCCAGGGGAAGCAUCAUGAAGAUAUCAGAUGUAAAAUUCAGAGUUCAAGAUUUGUGGAGAGCCCUGGUAAGUGAGAACUUCAUUUCCAGUUUCAGAAACACCCAAAAGGUCAUGUCCAUGAGCAAACUGGAAACCAUGUAUAACCACUGGACCUGGGAGCUCCGGAGUCAUAUGUUGGACUUGCAGCACCAGCUUCACAACCAGAUUAGGAAUAGAAAAAUUCUGACACUCACAUCAAGCAUAAUUGAAUGUCCACUUACAGAGAAAUAUGAAACCAUCAAGCAASUACUUGAAAAAUAUUUUACUGAAGACCCAGAGAGAGAGAUACUUGUCCAAAGGAAAGCCUAUUUUCAAAAUAAGCUACUAAUCCUUAAAGAGUCACUUAUUUCAGGCACCAAGAGAAAAGCCCAUGAACUUAUUCGUCUCAAAAAAAAUCAAGAACAACUAGAACAGAAGAAGAAUGUAUAUGAAAAUGAAUUAUUGAAGAAGAGCCAAAACUUGGCUUUAAGAGUAAAAGGUAARAAGUUGAGUGAUGAAGAGUUAUAUGAGAAAUUCAGUCAACUUUGGGGAAAAUGGGUUUGUGAAGUUUCCUCAGAUCUCCCUCAAGCCACAGAGCCUAAAAUUGAUGUGGAUGCUGAACACAUCCUUUUGGAACAUUUCAGAAAAGAGAAAAACAUAGUAGAAAAACUAAARAGAAAUAUUGGAAAGAAUUUUCAGCUAGAUUUUGGAAAACAUGUCAAGAUGUGUAAGGACUAUUUCAUUGUCCCAAAGAGUUUACAGGCCUGUGAUAAAGUGUCCAUUGAUAUGACUACUGAUCRUAUUUUUUCAAGAUUUAAUGAAUAUAUUGAAAGUAUUAUGAAUCAACUACGUGAUUAUGAUCAAAGUGACUUCCAUCAAAUCCUGAGAAUAAUAGAAGAGGAAGGAAAAUCUGAACACACCAAGAAUAGAUAUAUAUUUACGAGCGAAUACAACAUUGAAUUAUCUUCAUAUUUAUUUCAAAAAGCAACAAAGCAUUUUAAGGAAAGGCAUAGGGCAUUUAGAAGAGCAAAUGAUCCUGUAAAAUAUCUAGAACAAAAGAAAGACGAUUUUUUCAUGAGUUUCAAGAUUUCCUGCCAAGGUGCAUCCUCCAUUACAUCUUUUGUUGAUUUUCUGUGGCAAAAGCUCACUCCUGCUGUCUCUGCUACCAUCCAGGGGAAAAUGGUCCCUAGAAUAGCUGGGGAGAUAAGAGCCUCCUGCCCUGCAUUCAAUGGAAACAGGUCUAACCUGGAGAAACACAUUCUCAUC